AUGGGCCCAAGGGCUCUGCUGGUCCUGCUGGUGGCCACAGCUUGGCAUGCUCAAGGGGUCCCAGUGAUACAGCCCAGUGGCCCCGAGCUGGUGGUGGAGCCAGGCACAACAGUGACCCUGCGAUGUGUGGGCAACGGCAGCGUGGAAUGGAGCGGCCCCAUCUCCCCCGACUGGAACCUGGACUUCAACCCCCCCAGCAGCAUCCUGAUGACGAAUAAUGCCACCUUCCAAAACACGGGGACCUAUCGCUGCACUGAGCCUGGAAACCCCCUGGGGGGCAAUGCCACCAUCCACCUCUAUGUCAAAGACCUGGCUCGGCCCUGGAGGGUGCUGGCCCAGGAAGUGACGGUGUUGGAAGGUCAGGACGCAUUGCUGCCCUGCCUGCUCACUGACCCGGCGCUGGAGGCAGGCGUCUCACUGAGGCGGCUGCGUGGCCGACCCGUCUUGCGCCAAACCAACUACUCCUUCUCACCCUGGCGUGGCUUCACCAUCCACAAGGCCAAGUUCAUUGAGAGUCAGUCCUACCAAUGCGGCGUGCAAGUAGACGGCAGGACGGUAACAUCGAUGGUCAUCUGGCUUAAAGUGCAGAAAGUCAUCACAGGGCCCGCGACCUUGAAGCUGGAGCCUGCAGAGCUGGUGCGGAUUCAAGGAGAGGCUGCCCGGAUCAUGUGCUCAGCCAGCAACAUUGAUGUUAACUUUGACGUCUUCCUAUAUCAUGGAGACACCAAGCUCACAGUCUCUCAGCAAUCUGACUUCCAUGAUAACCGUUACCAGAAAGUCCUGACCCUCCACCUCAACCACGUAAGCUUCCACGACGCUGGCAAGUACUCCUGCAUGGCCACCAAUGCCUGGGGCAACCACUCUGCCUCCAUGGUCUUCAGGGUGGUAGAGAGUGCCUACUUGAACUUGACCACUGAGCAGAGUCUCCUCCAGGAGGUGACCGUGGGUGAGAAGGUUGAUCUCCAAGUCAAGGUGGAGGCCUACCCAGGCCUGGAAGGUUUUAACUGGACCUAUCUGGGACCCUUCUCUGACCACCAGGACAAGCUCAAUUUUGUCACCAGCAAGGACACAUACAGGUCCAUCUCGACCCUCUCUCUGCCUCGCCUGAAGCGCUCGGAGGCCGGUCACUACGCCUUCCUGGCCAGAAACGCUGGUGGUGAGAAGACCCUGACCUUUGAGCUCACCCUGCGAUACCCCCCGGAGGUAAGGGUCAUGAGGACCCUCAUCAAUGGCUCUGACACACUGCUCUGUGAAGCCUCCGGGUACCCCCAGCCCUAUGUCACAUGGCUGCAGUGUCAGAGCCACGCGGAUAGAUGUGAUGAGUCAGAAAGCCUGGUCCUAGAGGACUCGCACUCUGAGGUCCUGAGCCAAGAGCCCUUCCACAAGGUGAUCGUCCAUAGCCUGCUGGCCACCGGGACCUUGGAACACAACAGGACAUACGAGUGCAGAGCCAUCAACAGCGUGGGGAACAGCUCCCAGACCUUCUGGCCCAUCUCUGUUGGAGCCCACACACAGCUCCCCAACGAGCUACUCUUCACGCCCGUGCUGGUCACCUGCAUGUCCAUCAUGGCCUCACUGCUGCUGCUGCUUCUGUGGCUUUUGUACAAGUAUAAGCAGAAGCCCAAGUACCAGGUGCGCUGGAAGAUCAUCGAGAGCUACGAGGGCAACAGCUACACCUUCAUCGACCCCACCCAGCUGCCCUACAAUGAGAAGUGGGAGUUCCCCCGGAACAACCUGCAGUUCGGUAAGACUCUUGGAGCUGGUGCCUUUGGGAAGGUGGUGGAGGCCACAGCCUUUGGUCUGGGCAAGGAAGAUGCCGUCCUGAAGGUGGCCGUGAAGAUGCUGAAGUCCACGGCUCACGCGGAUGAGAAGGAGGCCCUCAUGUCAGAACUGAAGAUCAUGAGUCACCUGGGCCAACACGAGAACAUAGUCAACCUUCUGGGAGCCUGCACCCACGGAGGCCCCGUUCUGGUCAUCACUGAGUACUGCUGCUACGGCGACCUGCUCAACUUCCUGCGCAGGCAGGCAGAGGCCAUGCUGGGCCCCAGCCUGAGCGCGGGCCAGGAUGCCGAGGCCGGCUCUGGCUACAAGAACAUCCACCUGGAGAAGAAAUACGUCCGCAGGGACAGUGGCUUCUCCAGUCAGGGUGUAGACACCUAUGUGGAAAUGAGGCCUGUCUCUACCUCUUCUUCGAACGACUCCUUCUCUGACCAAGACCCGGGCAAGGAGGAUGGGCGGCCGCUGGAGCUGCGAGACCUGCUCCACUUCUCGAGCCAGGUGGCCCAGGGGAUGGCCUUCCUCGCCUCUAAGAACUGCAUCCACCGGGACGUGGCAGCCCGAAAUGUCCUCCUGACCAGUGGGCGUGUGGCCAAGAUCGGGGACUUCGGCCUGGCUAGGGACAUCAUGAAUGACUCCAACUACAUCGUCAAGGGCAAUGCCCGCCUGCCUGUGAAGUGGAUGGCACCAGAAAGCAUCUUCGACUGUGUCUACACGGUUCAGAGCGACGUCUGGUCCUACGGCAUCUUGCUCUGGGAAAUCUUCUCACUCGGGCUGAACCCCUACCCUGGCAUCCUGGUGAACAGCAAGUUCUACAAGCUGGUGAAGGACGGAUACCAAAUGGCCCAGCCUGCAUUCGCCCCAAAGAACAUAUACAGCAUCAUGCAGGCCUGCUGGGCCCUGGAGCCCACCCGCAGACCCACAUUCCAGCAGAUCUGCUCCCUCCUCCAGAAGCAGGCCCAAGAGGACAGGAGAGCGCCGAACUACAGCAACCUGCCCGGCAGCGGCAGUGGCAGCGGCAGCGAGCCCGAGGAGGAGAGCUCGAGCGAGCAGCUGGCCUGCUGCGAGCAGGGGGAUAUCGUGCAGCCCCUGCUGCAGCCCAACAACUACCAGUUCUGCUGAGGGCGCGACACGGAGGCACCUCCAAGCUUCACCUCCUCCGCGGAUGGGGCACCGCGAGGAGAACCUACAGACUCUGCCCUUGGCCAUUUCCCUGCACAGCCCAGCCCGGCUCUGGAAGUCAGGACUGUGAGAUCCAUGGGGGUCUGGGGAGGACCCCGCUCCCAGGGCCUGGGCCAUCACUGCCAGCCAGGGGCUAGGGCUGAGCCCCCCACCCCCCACACUGUUCUCGACGCUACGGCCUCACAUUCACUAUGCUGACCGGGAGAGCCCCCACCUCCCUCUCUUAACCUUGUCCCCACUUCCAGGAACCCCCUUCCCCGAUUCCCUUGUUGUCUCCUUGGAAAUGGACUGGUUUUGUGGCUACGAAGCACCCUCACGUGGAGAAGACAAGGCUCCUUGCGCCCCGGCAGAGGACCCCCUGUGGUCAAGUGCAACGAAGAGCAGGCAGGUGCUCAGAGACUGCGCCCAGCUCUGGUGCCUGAGCGCGGGGGGUUCCUUUGUAAGAAGGAACCGUACUUCCUAGUCCCCGCCCUUUGGCCUUCUCUCUACAGACCCGCACCCCCCCCCCCCCGAUCUGGUCCCUAGAACGAGCCAGGUGGCAGCUAAAAGUUCGGGGUUCUGCCAGUCCCCCGCGCUUCCAAGCUGGAAGGCAGGGGACCCGUGUGGCUGGCCACACCAAGCAAGUAGCACGCGCCCCAGGCAGCCGACGCCCCCUGACUAACAGGCACACUGCGGGAUGUCUCUGUCAUUAAACUAACGGCAUUAACACA